CAUUUGAUAACCAUAGUUAUGUAGUUUGUAUAACUGAUUUUUACCAUUAACUAUCAAAUAUUUGAAUAGAUUGGAUAACUAUCGAAUAGUUUGAUAAUUUAUAUUCAAUUCGAUAGUUAGUUUUCAAUAUUUUCCUUCACUUGUGGAUUUAUGAAUCCACCUUGAUAUUUAUAAUUCGUUAAGAAUUCAAUUUCUGUAAUGAUUUUUCGUAAUAAGUAUUAAAGAGUUUAAAUUAAAAACUGUUAUUAAAUUUUAUUAUCGUUUAUUUUCCUUAUACUUCUGGUAUAAUUGAUCAAAAUCUAUAAACAUCCAUUAUCUAAUUAAAAUGGUUAUUAUUAUAUAAAUAAAUCCUCAAGUUACUCAAAACAAAAUAAUCUAAAUGCGAGUUAUUUCACUAUUAAGCAGACAUUAAUGUUUCGAUGGUAACCCUUACCUAAAUUUUAUCUGUUUAUUUGAAAUAGUAUUAUAACUGUAUUGAUGGCAAAUGUAAACCUCAAAAAAAAAUGACCUCAUUAAUUGACUUAAAUAAUUAUAAAUUAUCCAAUAUUUGUGAUAAUGUUUUUUACAUUCCAAAUUAUGUUUCGGAAGAACAAGAAAAAUAUAUCAUUGACAAAGUAAAUGAAGCCCCUAAACCAAAAUGGACUCAAUUAAGAAAUAGAAGACUUCAAAAUUGGGGUGGUGUACCUCAUGUUAAGGGACUAAUACCUGAAAAUAUUCCUAAUUGGCUAAAUGGAUUUCUAAAGCAAAUCAGUAACCUCGGUGUAUUUCCUGGGAGCAACCAGCCUAAUCAUAUAUUAGUUAACGAAUAUUUACCUGGUCAAGGAAUAAUGCCCCAUUUAGAUGGAAGUUUAUUUUACCCUACUAUUACUACUAUUAGUUGUGGUUCUCAAACAGUUCUCAAUUUCUAUUCAGCAAAUGAGAUAGAAGGACAGACCAGUAAUAUGACUAAAAAAAUGUAUAGUUUAUUAUUAGAAAGGAGGAGUCUUCUUAUAUUACAAGAAAAAAUGUAUAAUGAGUACCUUCAUGGAAUUGAUGAAUUAAAAGAAGAUGUUGUUGAUAAAUCAUUAUCAAACAUAAAUAGUUGUUCAAGCGAUAUAAAAAUAAAUAGUGUAAUACCCAGAGGUACUCGUGUAUCAUUAACAAUUAGGAAUAUUCCUAAAAUAUCAAAAAUUAACCUUAAUUCUUUGAUGAAAAAGUAAUAUAUUUAUUUACUAACACUGAUAAUAUUUACAAUUAAAAUUCUGAAUAUAAUAAUUUGAAUUAUGUUACAUAAAUUAAAACUAUAAUUAACUUA